AACAACUUCCGGACGACUUCCUUGUUGACAUGUUUCGAAUCUUAUCAAUUAAAAUCUAACUUCAGGCGGUAAUGCACUUUUAUAUUUUCUUUUCCCAACCGCCAUAAAACCCGAAAGAAGAAGAAAAACAGGUUUCUCUGUUUGGGAUAAAUGCUGUAAUUUAUGACGGACUGUGUGUUCCAGCUCAUAAGGACCUUUCUCGAUGGAGAGGUUUAAGUCAGUGUUUACGGAAAAUCGUUUCCUUUUCGCGGCUUCUUUGGUUGUCCGGUUGGCUUUGGUCGCAUAUGGAGACUUCCAGGACCGGACGAUGGUGGUGAAGUACACUGAUAUUGACUACCAUGUGUUCACGGAUGCAGCACGUUUCGUUACCAAGGGACAGUCUCCAUACAACAGAUCAACCUACCGCUACACUCCUCUGUUAGCCUGGAUGCUCACCCCCAACGUCUACAUCCAUGUGGUGUUUGGGAAGAUCCUCUUCAUCGUGUGUGAUGUACUUUCAGGACUGAUCAUCUAUCAUAUCCUCCAGCAGCGACGCUUAAGCUCAGAGACUGCACGUCAAGUUUGUUCUUUGUGGCUCCUUAACCCUCUCCCGAUUGGAGUGUCAAGCCGAGGGAAUGCUGAAUCAAUCAUGGCUGCUCUGGUGCUCGGGACAGUCCUCUGCAUGGAGUGCCGGCGUCUGAUUGGGGCAGCUGUGCUCUACGGCCUGUCAGUCCAUAUGAAGAUCUACCCCAUUACAUAUGCUUUGCCCAUCGCUCUUACCUUGCGCACAGCACAGACCAGAACAAAGGAGACACAUGGAUGGAGUUGGAGGACGUUCAUUGGGUUUAUCGGAAGCUUCCUCAACAGAGAGUUACUGCAGUUUGCAAUUGUGGCUGGAGGUGUUUUCUGUGUGCUCGCAGCACUGUUUUAUCACAUGUAUGGUUGGGAGUUCCUUCAUGAGACGUACUUCUACCAUCUGACCAGGAGAGAUGUCAAACACAACUUCUCUCCGUACUUCUACAUGCUCUACCUCACUGCAGGCAGUAGGUGGAACCUGUUGCUUGGCCUGGCAGCCUUUCUGCCGCAACUCUUCCUGCUGUUGGUCAUAUCAUGGGCCUUUCACCCUGACCUUGCUUUCUGCUGCUUCCUGCACACUGCCAUCUUUGUCUCCUUCAACAAAGUCUGCACUUCACAGUACUUCCUGUGGUACCUGUGUUUACUUCCGCUGGUCAUCCCUUACCUGAGUCUGUCAGUAAAGCAGGGUUUGGGACUGUUGGUCCUCUGGUUUGCCGGACAGGGUCUUUGGUUGGGCCCUGCCUAUUUCCUGGAGUUUGAAGGCUAUAACACCUUCUUGCUGAUCUGGCUGGCUGGACUGCUCUUCUUGGUCAUCAACUGCUUCAUCUUGGUUCAGAUUUUAGAUCAUUACAAACCACCGCACACACUGCAAAGAGUCAAGAAUGAGUGAUGAUUUGUGUGUAAAAUACAUCUCCAUGGAAAAAAAAACUAAAAACCACC